CCGGUGUGGGAAGCAGCAGUCUGCGCGGCGCGUGCCUAUAAUGAGCUUGAACACGUUACUAAAAAAACACAUGGGAUUUAGUUUGGGAGAAGAUGGAGAGGGAUCUCAACAAAACGAAAAGAUAGAAAAAGCUUCAAGUUCAACAAGAACAUUAGUGAAGAACGCGAAGGAGGAAGAGACAAGUGACGAAGCAGUAGAGAUUCUUCUCGAGCCGCAACCCCCAACUCGGAAGGGGAUUGACUUCCUGAAGAUCGACGCACAAGGCUACGACGUGGAUGUUGUCGGAAGCUUGCUUGCGAAUACUCCUCAGCACCAAAUGGUGCGUCGCAUUUUCUCUAAGACUCACAUGCGGUCUGAUUGCAUGUUGCUGGACGAGUCUCUCCGCUUCCGUCGCGUCAUGUAUGAAAUGCCAGCAAAGACCUCUUCUAUUGGAAGCACUUUACUAGUGCGGCCGUUAUCAGGCUCUUCUUCCUCAGGUCGCUCUUCUGCACUAACUUCUACUGCGUUAUCUACCGCAGAGCGGCAAGAACAAAGAAGUGAUUUCAUGUUCGAAAUAGCGGACGAGACUCGCUCGAUUCUGGAGCACGGUGUGAAAGCAUUGCAGGUCGAGGUAACUGCGGAUAUGUGCAGCAUUCCCUACAGUUACGCACCUCGUUGCUCGCAAGCCACUUUCAUUCUCGAAGCACUGAACUUCACGUCACUGCCUGACGACCAGUGCCAACAUUUACUCUCAACCGAUCGGCACAAGUUCUGUGCUUCCGAUUUCAUCGUGUGGCAGAGAAAGUUUCUACGAAAAUCCGACAUGUCAUCUAGAAUAUCAGACGCCUAUGCUGAGGAAGAGACCCAAGCGAAACAGCGCCUCAUGGCACUUGCGGCAGCUUCGAAAAAGCCGUUGCGAGCAGGCACGAACCUCAGGGACAACUUGUCACUCGCGGUCCUUCAACGUACAAUUCUGGCACCUCCACCUCGCAAAACUCGUGAAGUAGCACCCGAACAACAACAAGUGGAGAGCAGUGAAGGCGGCGAAGAUAGAAGUAGAGGUGUUAUUAAGGCUUCAUCUGAAGAACAAAAGCGUUCACGGCCAAAGGAGGCGGGCUCAAAAAAAGUCGGAUCAGUGUUGUUUCGUGGCCGACUUCAAGUGCUCGACCGGUUUCCGAUUCCAGUGCCUCAGGGUACGCAGAUAUUGGACUUGCGCAUCGAUUGUGGACUCCGAAAACUAGGGUAUCCACUGCUUUCGACCUCGACUUCCCUUCCCGAUGAAGAUCAAGAUUCCAUUUCCACUACACCAGCCACCUCCACAAUAAUCCUGUCGCUCGAAUCUUCCUGGCGUUCGUAUCUUCAGUUGUUAGCGUUGCCCUGGGACCUGGAGGAGCAAGCAUUUCGCCGGAAUAUCCUUGAUCGGGAAACAGACCCUCAGAAAAAAGCCGCAAUGCUCAAAAGUUCGCGUCUUAUGCACAAUCGAGCGUCAAGAGAGCGAACUUCCAGUCUUGGCAGCUUGGAUCUGCACCGAGAAAACCACCUCGCUCUGCCAUUGGACUUUUGGCGCUUUGUUCAAGAACAUUUGCGACUUCUCACUGGCAAAGACCAGGAAGCAGAAGAUGAGCGGACGCAGGAUUCAGGAGCUGGAAAAGUAGAAGAGACAAUUCUUGAUGAUGUAACUAAUACGUCGGACGAGCAAAGUCAAUUCGUGUUUUCUGAUAUGAACUCAUUUCUGCGUGGUUUCUUCGAAUUUAGCGUUUCUUCGAAUGAAGAACUAGCUCAAGUAGCACGACGAGGAUUCGACAAAGUUGUAAUUCGACAGUGCGGGGCCAUCAGGACAAACGAUCGGAAAACUAGAGGUGUAGCCGACGCCGAAUUUUUCCUGAAAGCUUGGGCAAGUGGAAACUUAUCUAGUAUGCUGCAAGCGGCCUCUUUGCGACAGCACCGCACUGAAUCGAGUGAGAAAUUCUACAAUCAAACAGCAAGCUUUGAAUUUUCGAAUUCAUCUAGUACACUAUUCCAAAAUUUCGCAGUUGAGAUCGUAGAAGAUGAUCAUAUGGAAAUCGGACUUGUUGAUGCUGCCACUGGAAAUCAAAGGUUACAAGCUAGUACUGUUAUCCAUGAAAAUGAAUAGAUUCUCU